AGCAGCAGCGCGGAGGGACAGCGCGCGCGCGAGUUGUGCAGUGACUUUCGUGAGCGACAGACGUGUGGAGGUGAUACUUGUACCCGUACAUCAGUCAGUGCGCGGUUGACGGAGGAUUUCCCGUGAAAACCGUGAUCGUCGGUGCGUCACCUCGUCACGAAUUGUUAGUCAACAAAGAAUCGCAAGAGGCGAAUCGUCGAUGGUUCGUUGGACUCGUUGCUUCUCUUGCCCGUAAAAUGGGAAGUGUUCGCGCGUUUCCGAGAAGAGAAAAAUCGCACGAGUGUUCGAAGAAGAGCCGGCAAACUUAACCUUUUCUCGCUGUAUACACACGCACUGAGACGACGAGCCUUAAUAGAGGAAAAGUACGCGGAGAGACAUCGUACACGCGAGGAGGAACCGUAAGGAAGAGACAGAGGGAGAAAGACGGUGAAAGCCACGAACAUGAGAGAUUCAACGAUAAUCACGCAUGCCGAUGUUUAUAACGAGCUGCCAAGCACGUCUUAUGACAAUGUGAUGAGGUCGGCGGACUCGUCGCCAACCCUGCAAGCAUCACUGCCAUCGCCCAACUACGUGGACCUUCCUGACGAGCCUCGACCUGGCAAGAUAACUCCCACGACCCCAGCGACCAACACGACCAACUCGUCCCCGUCGCCACGAGCUUCGAAGUCCGACGACACCGGUGGCAAGAGCAGCCCCGAAGUCGACGAGGAGGAGGCUAUCGAGGAGGCCGUCCCCAUCGUCCGCACGACUCUGCCCUCGCCCGAGCCUCGACCCCUCAUCGAGCGCAAUGGCUACAAGGACCACGACCGGGUCGACGGGAUCAACGGCAUCAAGCAGAAGCCGCCCCAGCAACACGACGUCGACGACGACAGCUGCCUCAUCAAGUGCGUGUAUUUCACUCAGCAGUGCUGCGAGUGCACAAUAGUCUGAGCGCGGACUAGCUGCUUUGUGGAAUGAUGAUGAUGAUGAUGCUGAUGAUGAUGAUGAUGAUCUUGCGAGAGACUGCGCGCGAACGUCAGAUUUGGAGCUUCGAUGCCGAAGCUCUCGAUCCGAACGACGUUGCGGCGCAGGUUCGAGACUGACGAGCGAGUGUCGUGUGAAAUUUUUUCGCCAGUCGAGAGACGCACUUGUUUCGGGAGAAACAAUUUUAGACCAACGAAAGUCAUGCAUAUCCGAUGUCGCGUAGAAGUACACAUAUUUGUAUACCUAUAUAACGACGAGAAUAUCAAAACUUUACAUAUGAUGAGGAUGAUAUAGGACGCACUUGGAAAACUGCCCGGUUUGACGUCAAUUUUUACAUGCUAUAUAUACGAGGGGAAAAAAAGGACAGACAGCGAUGUACGUGGUCCGAGUGAGAUUGUACGAUAUAUAUAAAUUAAUUUUAAUGCGCUGUUUCGAAAGCAGACGCUGACGUUUAUGCUGAGAAACGACGAGGAACGAAAUUAUUAUUGCUAACAUUGCCAAACUUUCCAAUUUCAAUUAAGCAAUAUGUAAUUAGCGGUACAUAGGAAACGAAUAAGGCUUACUAAUUGGUAUACUGUAAUGACAAACUUAAAUUGUUAAUGUGCGAUUCGAUCUAAUGACGCUACGCGAUGAUAUACUUUGAAUCGACAUAAGGAAUAAUAUUAUUUUUUGGUGUAAUUUAAAUUAUAUAUAUUUUGAUAAAUAUUAUAUUGAAUAUACGUUGUUGAAAGAAGAAAGAUUCUGUUAAAUUAGAUUGUGUACAUAUUAUUGCAUAGAGUUAUAUUCCAAGAGUAAAUUAAGAAUUUUCUCAGCAUAUAUAAUAUAGAGGUAUAAAAGUGUGGCGAUUUAUGAAAAUUUCAUCGUGAAAUAGUGAUAAAAGCGAUAUCAAAAGCUUCUCGAGUGCGCGACUACAUCUUUUAUACAAAAAGAAAAACUUUUGGAAGUAUUUUCAUAUCUUUCUUACGCGAUUUUACAUUUUCGUAGAUACGUUAUUUUUACUAAAUGCAGAUUUCCAUUUAAGCAAAUCACAUUCGAUGAGACAAUUUUCUUAGUGCGCGAAAGUAGGGAGUUUUAUCAAAUUGAUAUCGACGUUUUUUAGCGCAUGUGAUUCCACCAAAAAAAUCUGAAUUUUACGACCUUCAACAACUUGUGAAAGUAUACAACUCAUCGGCUUUGGCAUUAUCGUGAAAAACUCGUCCUUAUCAAUUCAAUAAAAGAUUGCGAGUGUCUAGAGCGAGCAGAAGAAAGUAUAAAAAUGCUCAACGAGAUUUCGAUACACUUAUUAGAGAUAUACUAUAUUUAUCUAAUGUAUGUACAUAUACAUCGGCUAUCGACAAUAAAAUAAAGAGAAAAAAGAUGAAGAUGAUACCGAGCACCAGCUGUGAUCUUUCGCCAGGUUGCUCUCUUUGGCGAUUCUUACAACGUGAUCAAGCAAUGGAUAUCAAACAAGUGUAACCAUGAUCAAAACGACUAACGAAACAUUCCGAGAGUACAAUAUGUUCGAGUUUUUGUUUGGACACAAGCAAGCUGUAUUUUUAUAGGCGCAUAUAAUAUAUGAUUUUGUAUCGUACAGCGAGCAGAAAUCUAUUGUAUAAAUUUUGAAAGUCACGAGAAAGGUUCGCAAUUGCGAUGGUCGAGGAAGAGACGGAGUUCAUAUAUCAAAAAUGUGUCGGCAUUAUAACGCGUAAAUAAAUCUAAGCUUUCGAUCGUAUUUUUCGCAUGAUUUUUGACAAAAAAAAAACAAUCCUAUCACGUGUGUCGGCGUUCAGUGACACAUACUUCGAGAGAAAAACAAAAUUUCGUCGACAUCCGAAGGUAAAACUAUUAUUAACGAUAAUAUAUAUAAAAAUAUAUACAUAUAUAUUUUUUCUUCGUAUAUAUACAAAUCGCGCCACGUAAUACACACCCAUAGAAGAGGCGAGCUUCGUUGUAUACGUGAUUAUUUCCAGGUACAAUUUACCUAAGUAUUCUGAACGAAGUACGAAAGUAUGUCGGUAUACUAUCGUUAAUAUAAGCGCGCAAUUUUUUUUCGCAUGUAUCAUAUACGACAACUGCAUAAAAAGUACAUAAAAGUCGAAGAUGCGCAAAAGCUUCCGUUUCAUUCUAAUAGAGAGGCUGAUCGCCUCAUUUUUUCUUUUUUUUUUGUAAGUGUACAGAGCUAAGUGACAAUUAAAGUGCAAUUUGUUUUACACA